CUCUUUGAACAACAAUGGCGAACCCCGUAUAGACCAUGAACACGGGGUCCAAAUAUGUCGCCAAAAGGGGGACAUACAAAGGGUAAAGAUGGCGGCGCCCACAGGGCAACACAUGAAUCCCAAAAUGAAAGUGUUAUUUCUUCAAAUAAUGUUGAUAUAGUUCGUUUAACACAAGAAAGUAUUUGCAUCCAAGAUGAAAUUCAUCGAAAUUUUCAAGAUGGCGACGAUAGGAGUGAUGAAAAUAACCGAGCCGCCAAUAACUUGCAAUUGCUUCCUGCAGACAGCGAUUCAGAAUCGUCCGAGUUGGACAGUUACAGUUAUGAGAGGGCAGUGGUUGAAAACAAUGCCGAAUGGUUGAAGUCCAGGUGUAGAAAUAUUGGCACGAUAGAUUUUGAGAUCUGUAAUGGGGGUAAUUCUGACAAUUAUUUUGAAGCAGAAAAUGGAAUUGCUGUAAGUCUGUGUUCAGGAAAUGGGGGUCGAGAAUUUGGUUCUCAGCAGAUGGAUACUGCUGUGGGUGACAGUAACCCCAUUGUCAUUUAUCCGAUGGAAGAAACGAAUGAGUCUAAUGUCGAUCCUAGUUGUGAUGGGGAAGGUGUACAAAUACACCUUAGUGAAUUUCAGUCUGAUGAAAUGCAAGACAAUCUUCAAAUUCUUGAACUGCAUGGAUUUGAUAAAAAUGAAGCAAUUGCACUAAUGUCACCAGAUGAACUUGAAUCUCUUCCUAGUAGUGGUCUCGAAUUUAAUGACACGGGUGUCGUUGAAUCGGCUAAUGUAAGCAGUCUAAAGGGACAGAAACUUGAGAAAAUUCAGUCAUUGCAAAUAGUAGAAAACAAACAACCACCAACAAAAGAAAUUGAUUUAGAUACUGUUACCAAAACAUUAGAUAAUUCAGAAUUGAGUGAACAUUUUGUAAAGCCUGAAGGACCUGCCGUUUCAUCUGGUACAUAUCUGGUUUCAGCACCCGUAACACAAACACCUUCUAGCUCUUCAGAUUCGAGCACAAACGCUGCCAUGCCAAACUUGACACUCGCAACAAUUUCCAUAUCAACAGACAAAGUUGCCAAUUCGACCCAAAUACUUGUGAACACUACGCAAGGCCAGCAGCUGUAUUUGAUUAACACGGCAGAUUUGAACCAGGCAACAAAUGCUUUGCAACCUCUUGCUCAUCCACAGUCGACACUGAACAGUACGGUGCAGCUGGAAAAAACACUAGGUGUUGACGUACAGCAAGCAGCUCAGUCACAACUGCAGGGAUCAGGAUAUCUUCUUGUUCCUGUGCAAGGUGAUAACAGUGGAAUCAUCAUAUAUCCAAACGAAGACAGUGAGCAGGAUUCAUCUCGUAAAUCAUGGGUUUGCACUGAGCCUGGUUGUAACAAAGUAUUCAGCAAACUGUGCAAGUUGAAAGUCCAUGAAAUGAGGCACACUGGCGAGCGACCUUUCAAGUGUUCCAGAGUGGGCUGUGAUUGGGCUUUCACAACUGCCUACAAAUUGAAACGUCACGAAGAAUCUCAUGAAGGAAGGAAAAAUUAUUAUUGUGAUUUUGAGGGUUGUGGUCGCAAGUUUACCACUGUGUACAACAUGAACUCACACCGGAAGCUUCACGAACGUCCGUGUACGGAGCUGUGUUCUGAGCCAGGCUGUAACGAGAGGUUCCCCACGAAGAGGCAGCUCGAUCUGCACAUGCGGUCUCACCCAGAAACAGAAAAAACUUACAAGUGUCCGGUAGAAGGCUGUGAUAAAGUGUUCUUCUCCUCCAACUGUAUGGGGUCUCACGCGCGCGUCCACCUCCAGGAUCGGGAGGAUCUCACCUGUAACUACGAUGGGUGCGGCAAGGUGUUUGAUAAACUCUGUCGGCUCAAGCAGCAUCAGCGCAAACACACGGGUGAAAAGCCGUAUCCGUGUUCAUACGAGGGCUGUACAUGGGCGUUUGCGACAGCCAGUAAAUUAAAGAGACACAUGGCCAAGCACACUGGAAUCAGGAAGUGGGUGUGUCAGCUCUGUAACAAAGGCUUUAUGAGGGCGGAGCACCUUAAAGGUCACAUGGUCACGCACAGUGGGAUGAAGCCCUUUGUCUGUCCGGUUGAAGGGUGCAAGUCGAGGUUUGCAGCUAAGAGUAGUCUGUACGUUCACUUAAAGCGGCACGAACAGUCAGACAAGGAAAUAACAUAUCAUUGUCCAAUGGAGGGAUGCAUGAGAACCUACACAUGCAAGGCAAACCUGCGCAAUCACAUAAUCAAGCACUACCUGGAAGCUCCAUCUGGCACUGAGACUCGACACUUGGUUCUAGUGCCGCUGUUGAACGGAGAUGAUGAUGCAGCUCUUGAGGACAUGGACGAUGUCAAUGAAACAACAGAUGUGUCCAUGAGUGUAGAAUCUUUGGAAUCGGUGAUAACGGGUGAAGACACCAGUCUAACGACGUCGGCACCACAGGAUAUCAGUCUAGUUACUACAGCUGCACAAGAAAAUAUUUUAACUACUGUGGCAAGGGACACGACUUCUCCAGAUUUUGUACAUGCAGAUAAUUCAUUGAUUAAUCUGGAUGAAGGUGAAGAGCUGGAGUCAGAACAUCUUGCCGGCAAUGUGAUAUUACAGUUGACUAGCCCUAUCCAGCAACACGCCACACAGCCUAAAACAACAGCUUCAGCAGAUAAAGAUCACAGUGGGAAAUCGGGUAGCAGUGGUUCGGCUCGGACGGACUUCCAUUCAAAUCGAAGACUGAGUGACAGAGCACGUAAACGUUGGCAGAUGAUUCAAGAAGGCAUUGCACAACAGCAGACCACUUCGGGGAAUAAUGACGUCAUUGCAGAUGAUAAUGGAAUGCUCGUCACGCCAUCGACAACAACAAGACAGACUUUCAAUCCUCCAGAAUUACUCAGUUCCCAAGGACUCAUGUUCAAAGAUCCAGAGACAGGCAUUACGUAUGUCCAGACACAGCUUCUACAGGAUGAUCCGCCUCACCCAGACUUGUACAGUGAUGGAUCGGCAAACCUGGAUUCUGAAGUGACCCAAGCUGAAGAGUUCUCUGGGACGACCAUCAACCUACAGGAUCUGGAAUAAUUGUGUCUCAAGACUUUUUUUUAUAUAUAUAUUGUCACACCGUAACAAAGUCACAAGGCGAGAUAUAGCUGUUAUGUUUCCGACAGUGACAGCAUCAACUUUCAUGUUUAGCUCCAACAUUACAUUUUCAUGUUCUGACAUACUGUAAGUCCUGUAUCAAUGAAACUGGGUUGAUAGUUGCAUCUGUGAAUAGUCACAUAUAUGCUAUGCAUAUUCCAGCUAAAAUUUUAAAGAUUGGUUUUUUUUAUGUCAUUGAUGUAAAAAGAAAAGAAAAUGUUUUGAGACUACUGCUAAAGUAAGACAUUUCCCCUACCGGGUCCAAAAUGUUUUCAUAUCUCCUAAAUUCAAGGGCCAUAAUUAUGUGAAAAAUGGGUAAAAUUGCCAUGAAAAUCAAACUAGAUCUGGAACAGAAUGUGAUAAAGCUGUACAUAAAAUUUCAGCUCAAUAUCUUGAGGCUUUGCCAAAAAAAAAAAAUCUGAAUUUAUUUUUUUGCCCCCUCCUCCCCUAUCUCUUAAGUUGAAGGGCCAUAACUCUGUAAAUAAAAAUGGGGUAAACGCUUUGAAAGUCAAACUUGAUCUGUAUCCAUACACAAUGAAGCUAUACACAAAAUAUCGGCUCAAUACCUCGAGGCAUUGUGGAAAAAAC